ACGACAAGUCUUUGCGGUAAACGUGUACUGCUGAAUAAGCUAGUUGUGUACUGCUGAAUAAAUAUUAAGCUGGUUGCCGUGUAGCCCACAGUACUGACAGCCUUAAUACAUUAUAUGCUGAAGAUGCCUGGACUGUCAGGAAAAGUUAUACUUAUUACAGGGGCUAGUGAUGGAAUAGGAAGAGGAUUGGCAACACAUUUCUCAUCACUUGGAUCUCGACUGGUGGUCAACGGUAGAAAUAAAGAAAGACUAGAGGAAACCAAAAAUCUAUGCUUGGCACAAGGGGCAUCUCACAAUGAUGUUCUUAUUGCCACUGGUGAUAUAUCUAAAAAGGAUGAUGUUGAUAAAGUGAUUGAUCAAACACUUAACUACUUUAAUGGAACACUUGAUGUGUUGAUAAACAAUGCAGGCAUUUACAGUGCCAAGCUUUAUGAUUCUGCCGAAUUCGAGAAAAUUGUUGACACUAAUAUCAAAGGAGUCACGUAUCUGACACACAAAGCUAUUCCUCAUCUCAUCAAGUCUAAAGGUAAUAUCAUCACUAUAUCGAGUACUUCGAGCCUACGGCCGGGUUCAUCUAUGAUGUACUCCAUGUCCAAAGCUGCACAAGAUACUAUGACAAAAUGUCUUGCUCUAAAUUUGGCGCCAAAGGGAGUACGUGUAAAUUCUGUUAGUCCAAGUGUUGUUCCUACAGAUAUUUUCUACAAGGCUGGUAUGUGUGCUACUGAAGAAGAACACAAACAGCUGAUGGAGGACAUGGUGCAGAUUCAUCCUCUAGGGAGAGUUGGCACUUUGGAAGAUAUAUCCAAAGCUGUAGCAUUCCUAGCUUCUGACGACGCUGCUUUCAUUACUGGAGUGGACUUGCCAGUGGAUGGCGGUCGUGUCCUUGCCAAGUGAUGCACGGAUCGACUGAAUGUGUCAUCACCAGCACCUCUGAUUGGUAAAGUGUUUUAAAAUGAUGUACGGGUAUAUUCUACACAGCUUAGAAGCAACUGCUACUGCUGCUACUAUGACUACAAUAUAAUGAUUGGAGAGAAUUCGCUAUUUACCAAUAGAUAUAAGCGGCGUUCACACGAGAUUCACGGCCUCGCUGGUUCCGUGGUGCUGAAUUCGGCUGAAAUACCGUGCUAACACAAC